CUUACAGUUGCCGACACAGCAGAUGAACUUGCGGGGCUGUUACAGCCUCCAUGAUGCUUGAUGUGAGCACCUCUGAUGAUCAUGGUAGCAUACGUGGGAGUCAGCAUGUUUGUGAAAGCUAGUGCUUUGAACCCCUCAUCGGAACUAGGAGAACCACCUAGCAGUCCCCAUUUGGUAUCAAAGUAGUCUCGCUAUUACCAUGGGCGUCUUCGACCUUAUUCUCGGCCCCAUUCUCAUGGGGACCCAGAUGAAUGUGUUGCUCAUGGGUAUUAUGAUUGUGCAAUGUUACGUCUAUUUUGAACGGUACAAAGGGGAUAAGCCAUGGAUCAAAGCUACUGUGUGGUUAUUGCUUUUGUUGGACCUACUGAGCUCUUCGUUUGCGAUGGCCAUGACGUACAAUUAUCUUGUUACAAACUUCGGAAAUAUUCCCGCUAUUCAAGUGACUAACACAGGAAUUGACCCUUACCCACUGUUAACGGGCAUCACGGCACUUGUUGUUCAAACCUUUUUUGCUUGGAGAAUUCAUGUCUUGACGAAAAACAAAUUACUGGCAAUUAUCAUCGCUGCUCUCUCCAUUAUUCAGAUGCUCGCCAGCCUUGGAACCAUGAUCGGCGGUCUGAUCGUCAAAGACUUUGUGAAGCUCGAACAGAUUAAGCAGAUCUCUCUCAUUUGGCUCUUUGGAUCAGUGAUCACGGAUGUGAUCAUCACUGUCUCUCUCGUGAGAAUUCUGAGUAAGAAAAAAACGGGGUUCGCUUCUACAGACCAUUUGAUUUCCAAGAUCAUUCGAUCGACGGUUCAGACCGGCCUUCUCACCACAACUUUCGCGUUGGGUGUUGUGAUUGCUUAUCUCGUGUCUGACUCAACCAUGCAUCUCGCGUUCGGACUUCCGUUGUCGAAAUUGUACACUAACACGCUUCUGUCGUCCCUUAACGCUCGUAGUGCUUGGAGUCCAGAAGGUUAUACGACGGCGUCUCACACAGCGAUUCAGCUGCCCACAGGAUCAGGCUCCCAGGCAUAUAACGAAUACAGUAUCAACACUACCAACGGUAUUGCCGUUAAUGUCUCCAAAUCCUCUCAUACUCAGACGGAUUCAAGUUCUAACGAAAUCCACGAGAUGAAAACCUACAAGGAAUCUCCGAAGCAUUUGAAUAUCGUCUAGAUUUUGAGCUGUGUUCAGCGAGUUGAAAAAGCCUUAUUUUUCCUUUGUUCAAAUCCUCAAAACUAGAAAUUAUGCCGUAGAGAGUUGGAGGUGUAAUAAAUAACUAACGAUGAGUUUAUUUAUGUUGUACGGAAAUAUCUACCCAGAAUCGAAAACUACCUUUGUGUUCAUAAAUC